GUUUUCCAUGAGAGGAGCCACUUGCCAUCCUCGUUCUACCGGUUUUCAUGGCAGAAAUUUUAUUCCGGUCUCUUCUGGAUGUAUAAAAGCAGAAACUGAAGCUACUGAAAAAACAGCAUCAACGAAUAAUAUUAACGAUAGAGGAGGAGGAAACUCGAUCAUGGCACUUUGAGAUCAAUCACGCAUUCCCCUCCUACUGGAUCGAGACUGAACGGCUAAAUCAAAAUUUGAAUCCAUCUCGUAGGGGAAAGCGUACUUUUUGAAUUAUUGGCACACUUAAUUAAUAGAUAAUUGAAAAGAAAUUGUAAUUAUGAGCAUUAUAAACGAAAAAAAACCACUCACUCUCAUUUCGAUAGCAGAAACUGCGAAAUUUUAUACUUCGUUAUGUCUCGGAACUACGGCUAUCCUUUCCGUAUUUGCUUUUUUGUUUUUGAUACCAUUCGUGGUGGAUCCAGCAAUCACAAGCCUCUUAGCUGAUUAUGAGCCAGAGCCUGUGACAUGCAUCGUAACCCAACAUAUUUAUGCCGAAGGCAUUUCAAAUUGUUCUUGGUCGUCUUGUCGCGAAGGGUGUACUCGAGAAGCCACUAAAUGUCAUCAAAUUUACGUCAAUUACUCUAAAAUUCCAUUUCAUCUGCACAAAUCCGCCAAUCCCAUACAGUGGGACGUAGCGGAUACUCAUUUUUUAAUCAAUACAGAAGGUUGUGGAUAUCCACCAUCUGUUAACUGCUCUGAAUUUGCCCGUCAAUAUGGUUACAAAACCGCAGGUACACCUUUUCCUUGUUAUUAUAGUAGAGUAUAUCCUGAAAUGCAAGUAGUUGCUAGAUACUCAUGGGACGACACCUUGCGACAUUUGGUGCUGUCUAUUGCCAUUCCAAACCUGUUAUUUGCUGCCUCCAUAGGAGUACUAAGCUAUUGGUAUUGCCCAGGAUGUGGCAGAUCCUGUCAAAAAUACAUGCAUCACUUUCCAACAGAUAACGACAUACAUCUGGGGGUCCAUUCCUUCGGAAAAAAAACAAGUUUGUCUUCAAUGGGCUUACUAAAAGAGAGGAAGACUUCGAUGAAAAUAACUACUAGCACCGAGCAAUUUUCAAGUUUCUGAAACCUUACCACGCCAGCUUUACCGAAAGUUUUCCUCUACUUUUACAUUCUUCAUCAUCAUCCUCAAUUACUAUAAAACUGUUUGAUACUAAAAUGUCCUGCUUUUUAAAAAAAAUUUGUAACAACAGAGAUUUUUACACUUCUCUUCAAUUACUAUAUUAUCAGGAAUCACCAAAAUCGUAAAUUGUACACAUUCAAAAAUACCAUUCACUAGUUUCCACCAAGUAGAAUACUAUUGUUGGUGAAAUAAAAAAUUUUAUUUGAUACUUUAUAGUUAUAUGAAAUUGAAGACGACCAAUGAACAGUUUGAAACACGUACUUUUGUUGGUUCACAAAGGACUUUUUUCCCAUUCACGCAACAUUCUUGGGAUUUUCUGAAACUAUUGAAUGAUAGAAGAAAUUAAAUUAGUGUAAAAUCUUUGUUCUUACUGAAUUCUAUUGUUCAACUUCAGUAUUGUAAUAUAAAGAGAUAAAAGUUAGUACAAAUAUUUAAAUGAAUUUUGCCUUAAGAAUUCGUUCUUAUAGCACUAUAUUACUCUUGAAUAAAUAUAAUAAUUUGUAAAUAUUGUUACACAAAACAAAUUGCCCAAUAAAUUAUACUGCGAUU